AAGCCAGCUGCCGCUGCAGGGGGCGUAGCGGAUCGGUUAUUCUGGCUCGAUUAUUCCGUUCCUGUGCGCUCAGUCAGGCAGCAGCUGCUUCUGUCUGCUUGUCAGCACAAACAUGGCGAGAGUGGCAGCAGAUCGGGAGCCAGAGAAGUGAAAUAAAGCGCUUUAGUUCUGUUUUACUGAUUUUAAGAGUCACUGAAAUACACACAAGUGGCACGAAACGUAAAAUAAAGUGCUUCGGUCUUUUUUUACUGAGUUGGAUAUUGUUUAAAACACAGAUCAGGAUUGUUUCGAUAUUUUCAGUGCAGGGCUGGAACCAUGACUGCAAACACAGGUGGUGGCGGGGGCGGUAGCUGUUUAUCCAUGAGUCUCUCCGCCCUGAAGAGAAUGGAUCCCUACAUCAGCAGCAUCACAGACCUGGCCAGCCAAGUAGCACUGUACACUUUCAACAACACCACCAAUGAAUGGGAAAAGACAGACGUGGAGGGAACUCUGUUUGUCUAUAGCAGGCUUGCUUUCCCCAGACAUGGCUUCACCAUCCUUAACCGCUUGAGCAUGGAAAAUCUGACUGAACCCAUCACUAAGGACUUAGAUUUCCAGCUGCAGCAUCCAUUUCUCCUGUACAGGAAUGCCCGAUUGUCCAUCUAUGGCAUCUGGUUCUAUGACACGGAAGACUGUCAGCGUAUCGCAGAACUCAUGAAGAAUUUGGCAGGGCAGGAACAGCAGCUACAGGCACAGAUAGAGAGCGGCUGCAUCUCACCACGAUCAACAGAGCAGGGAGUGGAUAUAGUGCAGAUGCUCACUAAAGCACGACAAGACUUUGACAAGGGCAAACUCAGCUCUGAGCCGAAAGAGAUUGGAAGUGGUGGAGUCAUCUAUGGAAACCCACAUCUAAUCAAACCCAUUCCUCUAAAACCAGCACAGGACACACACAUUCAGGGACAAACACAGCAGGAUGGAGAGAUGAACUCAAAGCAUCUCUCAGUGGUCACUUUGUUUGGUGCUCAGUCAAAGCCGGAGUCAGUCUUCCCACAGCCCAGCUCAAGUGUCAGCAGAGUGGGUUCAGCGCGGCCUGCAGUGGCUCGCUCGCUGUCUUAUGAUGACCCGGCCCCGGCAGGGGGCGCUCCGGCGUCCAGCACUCCCAUGCAGCACUGUCCAGCCAUCCACAAACUCAUGUCUGGGUCACUGCUUCAGCCCUUGUCUGAAUCCCCAGAGAGUCGUCUGUGUGAAAAUGGGGCAGUCCAGAACCAGCUUGACCCUAUUCAGAGACUGCUCAUGAACCCUCCUCUUGUGGCAGGGGCCCCGGCGCUGCCUGCCCUACAGUUAAGCCAAGGAGAGAGCGGGGUGGGGCCCCAAUUCCACCCUAAGGCAAAAGCCACAGGGCCAAUCCCACCUCAGCACUUGUUGUAUGUACCAGUAAAAGUGCCCCCUACUGGUGUGGGAGGGAAUGUGGUUUCACCUCAUGAGCUCCUCCAGAGGCUUACUUUGGUGCAGCAGGAACAGGAGCUUAAUCCCCGUCAGGAGCUCCUACAGCCCAAUUUGGCCACCAGCAACUGUAGUAUCAGCAAGACUAAUCCGACACAGGUGAUCUCACCGCAGCGUAUCCCAGCAACUGUAGCACCCACACUCUUGCUGUCACCAAGUGUGUUCACUCAAUCUAAAUUCACCAAAGCUGUAUUAGAACCAGAACCAGCUGAAAGCAGAGCACUUAGCAAGAGUCAGCUACAGGCCACACUGCUCCAUCUCAUCAGGAAUGAUGCCUCAUUCCUUGACACCAUCUAUGAAGCAUAUGUCUCCCGUCUCGCAACAGACUCUAGCUCAAAACCUUUCUGAAGCAGGAACACCCUCUGAACACAAGCACAGCUUGCACGCCGUAAACACAUCCCAUCUACAUCUUAUCUCAGGACUACCCCUGCUGUUGUGAGCAUAUCGCUUGUAUCAUCUAGUGAGCUGAGUGCCUCAGUACCAAAUUAAAGGGAUAGUUCACCCAAAAAUUUAAAUUCUUUCAUCAUUUACUCACCUCCAUACCAUCCCAGAUGUGUAUGACUUUCAUUCUUCUGCUGAACACAAACGAAGAUUUUUAGAAGAAUAUCUCAGCUCUGUAGGUCCAUACAAUGCAAGUGAAUGGUGAAUGGAAGUCAUCAUAAAAGUAAUCCAUAGGACUCCAGUGGUGUAAUCCAUGUCUUCUGAAGCGAUCCAAUUGGUUUUGGGUGAGAACAGACCAAAAUGUGUAAAUCUUGACAUCUGCAGUCUUCUUGAAGAUCAUGAUUACACUUCCUAGCACUCUGCACAUGCGUCAAGCACUGUAAUCAAAGUGUAAUCGAGCUUGAAAUGAUGAUCGUGCCUAGAGACUGCAAUGGCAAGAUGUACAGUAAAGAAAUAGUUACGUUUUGGUCUGUUCUCACCCAAAAUUGAUUGGAUCUCUUCAGAAGACAUUGAUUAAACCAUUAGAGUUGUUUGGAUUACUUUUAUGCUGACUUUGUGCGUUUUGUAGCUUGAAAGUGUUGGACCCCAUUCAUUUUUAUUGUUUGGACCUACAGAGCUGAAAUAUUUUUCUAAAAAUCUUUGUUUGUUUUCAGCAGCAAAAAGAAAGUCACACACAUCUGGAAUGGCAUGAGGGUGAAUAAAUGAUGAGAGUAUUUUCAUUUUUGGUGAACUAUUCCUUUAAAACAGAAAUACCAGUAUGGUUGCAAAUCAGUGCGAUCUUCAGCACACUCUAAAUUGGAUGAUCAGAAUUUCAAAUCAGCCUUUUUUAUUUGAUGGGUUUCACUAGUGUGAAUCUUAAAUAUUUUAUUAUUUUAUGAAAGGACAAUUUUAUAAUGGAUUUUACAUAAGGCUUUCAGAUAACAGUGCAGAAAAUGUGAAAUCUGUGUAAAGGUUGAAUAGUGGAAAGACAUUCUCCUUUUUAUGAAGGCAUAAUUUUGACCCUUGCACAUCUAAACAGACCCAAGUAGGAAUGGGGAAAAAAGUUUUGGACUGCACCAUAGACUCGUAAUAAUACAAAUGACAUGUUGACUGAUAGAAAUUACGAUAGGCUCAUAACUGUUCAACAUAACUGUCUUGGUUUCUACCAUCUUAAAGGGAUAGUUCACCUCCAAAAGGAAAUUCUAUCAUUAUUUACUCACCCUCAUGUUGUUUCAAACCUGUAUAACUUCCAGGGAACACAAGGAGAAUAACAUAUAACUUGAAUUGCAUAUUUCUUCCAUAGGUCACACUUUAUAUUAGGUGGCCUUAACGACUAUGUACUAACAUUAAAUACAUACAAGACUAUGUAUUUACUGUGUAACUACAUGAUGUUCUGCAAAAUUCCCACAUUUGCUGCUACUGAGGUUAAGGUGCGGGUAGGUUUAAGAGUAAGGGUAGGGUUAGUGUUAGGAUAAGGGGUUAGAGUUAGGUUUUGGGGUAAAGUUAACAGUGUAACUACAAAUGUAACUAAAUGCAGGUACUUUAAAUGUAAUUACAAUGCAACAACAUAUAUGUACAUAAGUACAUUGUAUCAAAUGGUUAAGUAUCUUAGUAGUUAAGGCCACCUAAUAUAAAGUGGGUCCCUUCCAUACAAUGAAAGUAAAUGGUGUCUAAUGCUCAAAUUUGCCUAACAACGUCUUCUGUGUUACACACAAAAAAAUAAAUAGUCUGAAAGGUUUGAAGCAACAUGAGGGUGAUUAAAGUCAUUUUUUGGGUGAACUAUCCCUUUAAUAUCACAGCUGAUACAAACAGAAACCACCCUCAUUCUUGCACAAACCAGCAGGAAUACUUUAUCUAUUUAGUCACAUUUUCUUGCAGAGAAAAAAAGAAUAUGGAUUUUGUUUAAAAGAUAUACAAACAAAAAAUGUACAUAUAUACAGUAUAUUCUAUUUUUCUGUGGUGUCUCUUUUGUUCUCAUAUUAACAUGCUGGCAUUUAUUUUUUAUGCCCCUUUUUUCAAAAAACAAACCUCUUGUCAUCAGUGUUUCACAAUCAGCGAGUUAAAUUUAAAUACACUGACAAUUGUAUUGUCUUCCAUUCUUUUUCUUAUUAAAAUUAUAUCCCAACACCC